AUGAGCUUGCUUUUAGAAUACAAACAUUUAUUUCCUAUUGAUAGCAUUCAAAAGGUGUGUGAACUAUUUGAAGAACAACUGCGUUCGGAGAAGGAACCAGAUUUGUCCUUUUUCUCAAUUAUUGUUGGAGCAGUAGAAAAUAAUCUUACUAAUAUCAAAGCAAGCGAUAAAGAUGUAAAUCUAGGUAGCAAUAAAUUCAAAAUGAAGUUUCCCUCAUUAACAUGGGAUGAAGUAAAGUCUCUAUACGAACGAUUCACUUCUUUGAUGAAAUGUGGUGUGGAUGCAAAACUGCUCAGCGGCGAAUAUUCAACACGAGAAUUAGUAAAACGAGUUGCAGAUGUCGUUUGGAACUCGUUAACACGUAGUUACUAUAAAGAUAGAGCACACCUUCAGUCAAUAUAUAGUUUUUUGACAGGAAAUAAGUUGGAUUGUUUUGGUGUUGCAUUUGCAGUUACAGCUGCUUGUCAAGUAUUGGGUAAAAAUGAUGUACAUCUUGCUCUCUCUGAAGAUCAUGCAUGGGUGGUCUUUGGAAAAGGUGGAAAAGAAACAGCUGAGGUAACUUGGCACGGUAAAGGUAAUGAAGAUAAAAGAGGAAGAUCUGUAGGAGAUGGUGUUCUUGCACAUUCUUGGCUGUAUGUGGCUGGAAAACCAGUAAUAUGUACUAGAGUUAUGGAACUUGCAGCUUUAGUCUCAUCUGUCAACCCCACUUUAACUCCGACAAUUGAUGUCCAUGAAGUUUCUCUAAUGCAGUAUAAACUUCUAUGGCUACUGUAUGACAAAGGUCAUCUGGAUACAUACCCUAUGGCCUUGGGGAAUCUUGCCGACUUAGAGGAGCAUAUGUUAUCAAAUUAUCCUGAUGAAUCUAAGCAAUGCAUAUUGAAAGAAACUAUAGACACAAAACCAAAUACCCCAAAACCAGACUCCACAGCACUCUAUCUACAAGCAAUCCGUUCAUCUAGAAGUCACUAUGAUGAUCGCCAUGUUUAUCCAUACACAUUUCAAGGUGGUUACUACCACCGCCAUAAGAUGUACAAGGAAGCUUUUCAUGCUUGGGCCUGUGCAGGAGAUGUUAUCAGACAUUACAAUUAUUCCCGUGAUGAUGAAGAAAUUUAUAAAGAAUUUGCAGAAAUAGCGAAUGAGUUAAUACCACAGUUAAUGAAGGCUGAAAGUUCCGGGCAUUCUGCAAGGUCAAUCUUGAAGGAUCCAGAGUGUUUUGCAUCUUUAUUGAGAUUUUAUGAUGGCAUCUGUAAAUGGGAGGAAGGCAGCCAGACACCAAUUCUUCAUAUUGGUUGGGCUAAACCUCUUGUAAGCACCAUAUCAAAAUUUGAUUCCGAGGUGAGGGCUCAAGUCAACAUUGUCUGCAAUACUGAUAACAACCAUAUUGGUGAGGAUGUACCAACACAAAGUGAAAAUAAUUCAACCGGAAGCAAUGACAGCUGGAAUGAUGCUUUAAAUGUAGAAAUGACGGUUCGAGAACAAUUAACGGCAGCAGUUAACAGCAGGCCUCGGGUUACACUUUACAGUCAUAAAAUGGCUGCUCUAAAGCCCUUGUUGCUUGCAGAACGAUUAAACACUCACGCCUUGCAAUUGCAAUUGACUGCUCAAAGCCAACUUCAACGGCCCCAAACACAACGGCGUGAUGAUGACGAACAGAAUAGUGGUUCAGCGGGACGCGCUAAACGAGCUCGCCGGGAGCGUUAA